UUGCCUCAGCUUCCACCUGCUGUCACGACCCGACAGAGUCAGUGACGAGCGAGCGGCUGUUUACGUGUCGUCCCCGCAGAGAGAAGGAGGAGGUUUACCGCCGGUCAGACACCAAGGAUCACAUCAUGCUCAGGUAGCUGUCCAGAGCCAUGGGGUUUUUCAGACAGCUCUUCCUCCUGCUCUGGAAGAACAUCACAUACCGCAGGAGGAACAAGGUCCAGCUGAUCAUCGAGCUCCUCUGGCCGCUCUUCCUUUUUGUCAUCCUCAUCUCUGUUCGCCAAUCACACCCUCCUUACAAACAGAAGCAAUGUCAUUUCCCAAACAAAGCCCUGCCUUCAGCAGGCACCUUGCCCUGGAUUCAGGGUAUCGUCUGCAACAUCAACAAUCCCUGCUUCCAAAGCCCGACACCAGGGGAGACCCCGGGACAAUUUGGCAACUUUGACAACUCAAUACUGUCUCGUCUCUUUGUGGACGCCCACGCUAUUCUGUCCUACGGUGGAAACCAGAGCUUCUCAGGCUUUCAGGAUCUGAUGGAGAGUGUCCGGAGGCUGGGAGCGAGACCUGGAGCUUGGCCAAUCGAAACAGUAGAAAAUUACAUGAGAGCCAAUGAGACUCUUUCCACCUUCCUCCUGACCAACACCACUCUGUCCCCUGUGACCGUGGACCAGCUAAUGAAGGCUCGUCUUAACUUUCAGGUUACAGUGGCUGGAGCUCAAAUGCAGCUAAAGGACUUGGUGUGUAAUGCGAGCAUGUUGAGACAGUUCCUGACGGUGGAUGGAGGAGAAGCUGCUAUGAAUAAUCUUCAGACUCAGCUGUGUGACCUUCCCGCUGACGUCCUGCAAGAGGCCGAGCACAUUUUUCUCUCUCAGCUUGACUUCACCAAGUUCUUCACAAGAAACCGUCUGAUGGCCAACGCUGCAGACCUCAGGGACAUCAGUCAGGCAGUCACCUCAGUUUCCCAGGAGAUGGCUGUCCUCAUGGAUGACUUUUCCUCCCUCUCCAGUUUUGCGGAGAUGAGUGCAGCGCUUCGUCUUCUGUCACCGGAAAAUCGCACAGCGCUGCCCAGAGAGAGUUUCCGAGCCUUCUCGAGGAUCAUGUGCGGUCACCCUGAGGUCGGCGGUGAACGCAUCCCUUCACUCAACUGGUAUGAAGACAAUGACAUCAAGUCCUUCUUAGGCAAAAACGGCACUGAGGUCACCGACCUGGACCGUGACAACAACACCACUCCUUUCUGUAAAAGUUUGAUCCACGGUCUGGAGUCCAACCCUCUGUCUCGCAUUGUGUGGCGAGGAAUCAAACCUCUCUUUAUUGGAAAACUGCUGUACACACCAGACACACCUGCUAUAAAACAAGUCAUGAAAGAGGUGAACAAAACGUUUGAGGACCUGCAGAUCCUCCAGCAGCUGAACGAAGCCUGGAUGGAGGUGGGACCUCAAGUCAAGAGAUACAUGGAGAGCAGCGUUCAGAUUCAACUGCUGCAGGAUUUGUUGAGGCGGCCAGAGGUUGCAGUCCUGGUCAACCUGCGUUUGGAAAAUACUUCCUGGACGGCCUCGCGGAUCUCUCGAUUCCUGGCCACACCUUCACCAGACGCCCCUAGGAAUCCUGGAGCACCCCUGACCUGGCUGGACAUCUACAAUGACAUCAGCCACACCAUCACCACUCUCGCACAAGUCACAGAGUGUUUCUCUCUGAACAAACUGGAGGGGUUGGAAAGUGAGGGUCACUUGAUUGACAGAGCUCUUGAGCUGCUGGAGGACAGGCAGUUUUGGGCGGGUGUAGUUUUCCUGCUGCCCAACUCUACGUCUGCUGAGCUGCCGCCUCAUGUCACCUACAAGAUCCGAAUGGAUAUUGAUGAUGUGACUCGGACCAACAAGAUGAAGGACAGGUUUUGGGAUCCUGGCCCAGCAGCUGACCCAUUCAGUGACAUGCGCUACAUAUGGGGCGGCUUCGUGUACGUCCAGGACCUGGUGGAGCAAGCUGUGAGUCGUGUCCUGACUGGAGUUAAACAGACUACGGGCAUCUACAUCCAGCAGAUGCCCUACCCCUGCUAUGUGGAUGAUGUUUUUCUCCGAGUGUUGAACCGCUCCCUUCCACUCUUCAUGACUUUGGCCUGGAUCUACUCGGUCGCCAUGAUCAUCAAAGGUGUGGUGUACGAGAAGGAGGCGAGGCUGAAGGAAACCAUGAGGAUUAUGGGUCUAGGAACAGGAACGCUGUGGCUCAGCUGGUUCAUCAGCAGCGUGGUUCCUUUCCUGGUUUCUGCAGCGCUUCUUAUUGCUAUGCUCAAGUUCGGGGACAUCUUGCCAUACAGCGACCCAUCUGUUGUCUUUUUCUUCCUCAUGGCAUUUGCCACUGCCACCAUCAUGCAGUGUUUUCUCAUUAGUACCUUCUUCUCCAAAGCCAACCUGGCUGCUGCCUGUGGGGGGCUCAUAUACUUUAGCCUUUACCUGCCUUAUGUACUGUGUGUUGCCUGGAGAGACCACCUCAACACUACACACAGAAUCCUCGCUAGUUUUCUCUCUCCUGUGGCGUUUGGUUUCGGCUGUGAGUAUUUCUCUCAGUACGAGGAGCAAGGUGUGGGCAUCCAGUGGUACAACCUGCGCUCCAGCCCUGUGGAAGGUGACGCCUACAGCUUCACUAUCUCUAUCAUCAUGCUUUACGUGGAUGCCUUCAUCUACGCCAUUGCAGCCUGGUACAUCGAAGCAGUGUUUCCUGGUGAAUAUGGGAUCCCAAGGCCUUGGUAUUUCAUCUUCCAGCUCAACUACUGGGGAGGAGUUCCCCUGGAGGCAGGCAUGCCGAUUCCACCGGCACCCACGGAGCAGGAUGAAGAUCACAUUGAAGCAGAGCCUAGUAACUUGAUCCUGGGCGUGAGCAUCAGAAACCUGGUGAAAAUCUACAAGAAGGGAGCCAAACUGGCCGUAAACCACCUCAACCUGAAGUUCUAUGAGGGACAGAUCACCUCGUUCCUCGGCCACAACGGAGCUGGCAAGACCACCACCAUAUCCGUUCUGACGGGCCUGUUCCCACCAACUUCUGGGACUGUCUACAUCAAGGGGAUGGACAUUCGCCACGACAUGGACAUCAUCCGAAGGAUGCUGGGAGUUUGUCCACAACACAAUGUCCUGUUUGACAUAUUAACAGUGGAGGAGCACGUGUGGUUUUAUGGAUGUCUGAAGGGUUUGUCUGAAGCAGAGGUGAAUGCAGAGCUGGACACUCUGUUGGACAAUGUUGGCCUGCUGCACAAACGACAUGAACAGACCAAAAACCUCUCUGGUGGCAUGCAGAGGAAGCUGUCUGUGGCCAUAGCGUUUGUAGGGGGGUCUAAGGUGGUUGUUUUGGAUGAACCUACAGCUGGAGUUGAUCCUUACUCCCGCAGAGGGAUCUGGGAUCUGUUGCUCAAAUAUCGCAAAGACCGGACCAUAAUCUUGUCCACUCACUACAUGGAUGAGGCAGAGCUGUUGGGUGACCGGAUCGCCAUCAUCUCCCAGGGGAAGCUCUCCUGCUGCGGCUCACCGCUGUUCCUGAAAUCCCAGCUGGGAUCUGGUUAUUACCUCACUGUGGUGAAGAGGGAAGGACUCAACACCAGCACUCCCAGCACCACCAGUAUCUGCACCAGUACCAGCAUCAGCACCAACAAGCUGCCUCCUCUCAAGGACAGUGAAUCAUCACUGAGUGAAGACACUGGGCUUGGAAGUGAAGAGAACAACUCAUACCUGGCAGCGUUGCUCGCCUUGGCACAGCACCACAUCCCGGGUGCGAGGCUGGUGGAGGAGUCAGGAAGUGAGGUCGUGAUCAACCUGCCGCAGGAAGCUGCUAAGAACAGUACCCUGGCCAUUUUUCUGUCCGACCUGGAUCAGAGGCUCACUGAGCUGGGCAUCAGCAGCUACGGCCUUUCAGACAGCUCACUGGAGGAGAUUUUCCUGCGAGUGGCGGAGGAAACAGACUUGAAAGCUGAAUCUGAGCUGCAGGAUGAACCUUCUCACGGUCGACGGCCACCAGCAGGACAAAGAGUGGAGCGACAAUGUGCUGAAGAACCAGAGACAGAAUCCCAGGAGACAGACCUGCUGAGCGGAGACGGCCGAGGUGGGGUCCCCAUGACCGGCUGGUGGCUGACGUGGCAGCAGAUGAGGGCUCUCUUUGUCAAGCGCUGGCUUUACGCUCGGAGGAGCCGCAGAGGCCUCUUCGCUCAGAUUGUUCUCCCUGCCGUGUUUGUCCUGGUUGCCCUUCUCUUCAGCCUAAUUGUACCUCCGUUUGGGAAGUACCCCAACCUGCAGCUGCAGCCGUGGAUGUACGGACAACAGUACACCUUCUUCAGCAACGACGCCCCUGGGAACCCAGCCAUGGAGAACUUACUGGAAGCUCUACUGGACCAGCCGGGGUUUGGUACAAAGUGCAUGGAGACAGAGGAAGAGCACAACAGCACGAGUGGUCAGUGUGAAGGUGAGCGGGAUGGUCUGUUCAUGCGACCACAGGUGUCUUACUCCACUUGGCAGAUGUUCAACAGAGGAAACUGGAGCAGAGACAGACCCUCCCCUGAAUGUCAGUGCAGCACAGAGGACAUUCGACGGAUGCUUCCCGACUGUCCGCAGGGUGCUGGUGGACUGCCACCACCACAGAUUCGGAGGCUGACUGGAGACAUCCUCCAAAAUCUAACAACUUAUAAUAUCUCUGAUUAUCUGGUGAAAACCUACUCUCAGAUCCUCAAGAAAAGCCUGAAAACCAAGAAGUGGGUGAAUGAAUUCAGAUAUGGAGGCUUCUCCCUCGGGGGCGGCGCCACCGAGAUUUUACCUCAGGUCCAUCAUGUCCAGGACUCAGUCAUGGCAAUCAGGACUCGGUACAGAGUUCCACAGAACAGUUCAUUGAAUAAUCUUCUGAACCGGCUGCCGGAUAUUCUCGGAGGACUGAACAGUCAAAACAAUGUCAAGGUGUGGUUCAAUAACAAAGGCUGGCAUGCCAUGGUGUCAUUUGUUAACGUUAUGAACAAUGGUCUGCUGAGAGCGAGUCUACCACCAGGUCCAGAGAGGGCUAGACACGGCAUCACUGCAUACAACCACCCGCUCAACCUCACCAAAGAGCAACUCACAGAAAUGGCCAUGAUGACUACAUCAGUGGACGUUCUGGUUUCUAUCUGCGUUAUCUUCGCCAUGUCCUUUGUGCCGGCCAGUUUUGUCCUUUUUCUGAUUGAGGAGCGAGUCAGCAAAGCCAAACACCUUCAGUUUGUCAGCGGAGUCAAACCAAUCCUCUACUGGCUCGCCAACUUCACCUGGGACAUGCUGAACUACACUGUUCCAGCCACCAUGGUGGUGCUGAUCUUCAUCGCUUUCCAGCAGCAGUCAUACGUUUCUGAGACAAACCUGCCGGCUCUCGUCCUGCUGCUCCUCUUUUAUGGGUGGUCCAUUACUCCUCUCAUGUACCCAGCAUCCUUUGUGUUCAGCGUUCCAAGCACAGCUUAUGUGGUUCUGACUUCCAUCAACCUGUUCAUUGGAAUCAACGGCAGCAUCGCCACCUUCGUCCUGGAGCUGUUUGUAGACGAGCAUCUGAAUGAGGUGAAUAGGAUCCUAAAGAAAGUCUUCCUCAUCUUUCCUCAUUUCUGUCUGGGACGAGGUCUCAUCGACAUGGCCAAAAAUCAGGCCAUGGCAGACGCCUUCCAGAGACUGGGCAGCAGACCGACACUAGAUCCACUGCACUGGGAUUUUAUUGGGAAGAACUUGUUUGCGAUGGCAGCUCAAGGUGUUAUCUUCUUCAUUUUCACCAUACUGCUGCAAUACAAGUUUUUCAUACACUUCAGGCCGUGGUGGACUGAGCCUGAGAUGCCUCCUUUGGGUCCAGAAGAUGAGGACGUCGCCAGGGAAAGAGAGAGGGUCAAAAGUGGCAGAGCCCAGUCAGACAUCCUCACCAUGACAGACCUGAGCAAGGUUUACAAAGCGGGCAGGAAGCCAGCGGUUGAUCGUCUCUGCCUUGGGAUUCCACGGGGAGAGUGUUUCGGGCUGCUGGGGGUGAACGGAGCAGGGAAGACGUCAACAUUUCGCAUGCUGACUGGAGACACACCCAUCACCUAUGGAGAGGCUUCCCUCAGCCAUUACAGUGUGCUGACAGAGAUGGAGCAGGUCCACCAGCUGAUGGGUUACUGUCCACAGUUUGACGCCAUCAGCGACCUGCUGACAGGUCGGGAACAUCUGGAGCUGUACGCCCGUCUGCGGGGGGUUCAGGAGGACUCUGUCACCAGGGUGGCGCAGUGGGGCGUGAAGAAGCUGGGGCUGACGCAGUACGCUGAACGAGAGGCUGGAGGCUACAGCGGGGGCAACAAGAGGAAACUCUCCACUGCCAUCUCCCUUAUUGGAGCUCCACCUGUUAUAUUCCUGGAUGAGCCCACCACUGGUAUGGACCCAAAAGCCAAACGAUUUUUGUGGAACUGCAUCCUCAGCGUCACCAAAGAGGGAAGAGCUGUAGUUCUCACCUCCCACAGUAUGGAGGAAUGUGAGGCUCUCUGCACCAGAAUGGCCAUCAUGGUCAAUGGCCGGUUCCAGUGUCUGGGAUCAGUUCAGCACCUGAAGAACAGGUUCGGCGAUGGCUACACCAUCAUUCUUCGUCUAGCAGAUACUAAAUCCAGCCCAGACUCGUGUCCCGUCAGCAGCUACAUGAAAAGCUAUUUCCCCAACAUCGAGCUUAAGGAGCGUCACCACAACGUGCUGCAGUACCAGCUGCCCUCACACGCCUGCUGCCUGGCCCGUGUGUUCGACGUGUUGGCCAACAACUACGAGGAGCUGGGCAUCUCGGACUUCUCUGUUUCACAGACCACACUGGACCAGGUAUUUGUCAACUUUGCCAAAGAGCAAACUGAUGAUGAUGGCCUCACAGAUGUGGUCAUCAGCAACGGGACAGUACAAACCAACCUGACUGUACUGCCCUCCAGGAUAAAUCCAUCCACCAUCCAACCGCACCCACCAGUCACACCCCCUCAGCAAAGCAAGACCCCACAGCCACAGACGAUAUCAUCUGACAGCAAACCGAAGGAGGGAAAAUCCAAAAAAGCCAAAUCCAGCAAGAGUAAAUCUAAAGAAGACAAAUCUAACGGAGAAAAAAGCAACAGUAUGGCAAUGACCACAUUACCUCAGCCUGUGGAGAAGGACCAGGAGAUGCCUCAGACGAGCCGCAGGGGCAGCAGUGGAUCAGACAGCAGCAACAAUGGAGUUAAGGAGCAAUCCAGUAAAUCCAGAAAGUCCAAACAUAGAGUACAGAGCUCCAGUAAAGAUCCAUCUGCACUUUUUAUAGUGGGCAGCAACUCACAGGACAGUGAGGUGUGAAGUUACUGGUUAACACGAGCAGAGGAGGCAGUUUGAAAGGACCAACUAUAGACAAAAAACAUUAUGUUCAUUUGAAUGUUUUUCAGUGUUGGCAGCAAUCUGAGUCUGCAACAAAAGACAACUGAACUGAACUGAACGGAACGGAACUGAACGGUCUUCAAUCGGUGAAAGUGACUCAGUUUAUUUAAAUGUAUCUUCGGCCUCCUGACAGAACCAAAAGUUAUUGUUUCCUAAUAAUGGCUUUGGUGCCUUGUUCUCCCGUUAACAGAUCAGUGGCUUUACACUCUUUCUUCAGGCUCAUGAAUCUUACACUGUGUCUUCUCUUUCUGUGUCAGUCUCAUCAGUCCAAAGUAUUUAAAAUAUUUUGAUCCUGAAUGAAUAUUAUGCAAGGUUCAAAAAAACCAAUGGCGUUCCUCAGGGCUUCGUCUUAAUACCUCUUACAAUCUGACCUUUAUUUUUGAGAAUGCACUUUAAAAAAGAUAAAAAUGCUGCAGACACUCAAACAGAAGCUUAAGUAAAUGUAAUUAUUAAGAUUGUUUUAUAUACCAGAAGGUAUUUACAUGGUUGUAAAUUCUUUCUGAAGAAUAUACAGAAUUGCUUAUGUGGAGGGGAUGCUGUCUGCUCACUCUUGAUAUUUAAUGAAAAAAUAUACAAAUGUUAUUGUUUUGUUAAUCAAGGUUUUCAUUUGUCCAAUUUCUUUUUAAUUUGUUUCAUGUGAUUGUCAUCAGGUAACAGUGUUGGGAAACCUCAUUAAUUCUAAUAAGAUAUUACAAUAUUUUCAAAAAUUUAUUUAACAAUUGAUCCAAAGUAAAAAAAA